GCAAAAAUGUUAACCUCUAUGAUGGAUGACAAUUGACAGUGACAGCCGACAGGUAUAUUUUUUCUAAUUUUCGUUUUUGCUUGCAUUUUAGUGGUUAAAUUAUUAAAAAUUAAAAUGUUGGGCGGUGGAAGAGCUCCCAUUUUAGUGUUGAGUCAAAAUACGAAGCGCGAGUCAGGCCGCAAAGUUCAGCUGGAAAACAUCAACGCCGGGAAGCAAGUCGCUGAUGUUAUUCGAACAUGCCUCGGCCCCCAAGCGAUGCUAAAAAUGCUCAUGGACCCCAUGGGGGGCAUAGUCAUGACCAACGACGGAAACGCCAUACUACGUGAGAUCACUGUGCAGCAUCCGGCAGCAAAAAGUAUGAUAGAAAUCGCACGGACUCAAGACGAGGAAGUGGGAGAUGGAACCACGUCGGUUAUUGUGCUGGCCGGAGAAAUGCUAGCUUCGGCAGAACAGUUUCUAGAACAACAAAUCCACCCUACCGUUAUUAUUAAACAGUACAGACAAGCUUUAGAAGAUAUUAUUGCUUUGCUGGAAGGUCCGCUUAGUGUUUCUAUUGAUAAAAAUGACAAAAAAGCAUUAGCUAAUGUUGUAAAAGGCUGUAUUGGUACUAAAUUUAUUAGUAAGUGGUCUGAUUUAGCUGUGAAUAUUGCUCUGGAUGCUGUACAGACAGUAAUGUUGGAGGAGAACGGCAGGACGGAAGUUGACAUCAAACGGUAUGCAAAAGUAGAGAAAAUACCAGGCGGAUCUUUGGAAGAUUCAGAAAUUCUCAAAGGCGUUAUGCUGAAUAAGGAUGUAACUCAUCCCAAAAUGAGGCGUUAUAUUGAGAACCCAAAAAUUAUUUUAUUGGAUUGCUCUCUUGAGUACAAAAAGGGCGAAUCUCAGACCAAUGUAGAAAUAACUGCCGAAGGCGAUUUUACCAGGAUGCUAGAGAUUGAAGAAGAGCAUGUCAGAAAACAGUGCGAUGAUAUUAUAGCCUUGAAGCCUGACGUAGUGUUCACAGAGAAGGGUGUGUCAGACUUGGCCCAACAUUUCCUUUUAAAGGCUGGAAUAAGCGCAGUUCGGAGAGUUCGCAAAUCUGACAAUAACAGGAUCGCCCGAGCUUGUGGGGCCGUCAUAGUGAACAGAACGGAAGAACUACAAGCCUCGGACAUUGGAACUGGAGCGGGACUCUUUGAAAUCAAAAAAUUGGGUGACGAAUACUUUUGUUACAUCACUAAAUGCAAAAAUCCUAAGGCCUGUACUAUCGUUCUGCGUGGGGCCAGCAAAGACAUCCUGAAUGAGACCGAGAGGAAUCUCCAGGACGCGCUCCAAGUGGCCAGGAAUAUUGUUUUGAAACCCCGUCUGGUUCCUGGGGGUGGGGCUAUAGAGAUGGCUGUAGCUCAGAGACUUUUACAGAAAGCCACUCACGGGCCUUACAGGGCCUUAGCCCAUGCUUUGGAGAUAAUACCUCGAACGCUGUCCCAAAACUGCGGCGCGAACACUAUCAGGACUUUGACGGCUUUGAGGGCGAAGCACGCCAAUCAUACCGAUCAAAACAGUCCUUGUACGUGGGGUAUUGAUGGUGAAAGUGGGGAAUUAGUUGAGCAGAAGGACAAAGGAAUCUGGGAACCCCUGGCUGUUAAGCUACAAACGUACAAAACUGCCAUAGAAACAGCUAUUUUACUGUUGCGUAUCGAUGAUAUUGUGUCGGGAUCCAAGAAAAAGGACAAGGAACCCAAUACACCCAGUCAAAUACAAGAACAGACUGCGGCAAUGCAAGAUUAAGUUUUUUUUGUGUCUAGCUUUUUUAUAUUGUAACGUUUAAUAUAACAGAACGCGUUUUGUACCGGCAUAGUAUUUUCGGUAUCGCUAAUUAAUCGUUUUAAUUUAAUUAUAAUUCAAAUUUAGCACGUAUUUUUGAAGUUAUUAAUUUAAAAUAAAAAUUUUCUCAUA